AUGUCUCUCCCAGGCAAAGCGCUAGCCGUGUCGGAUACGCACGGUUAUCGCGAUGUUAGCCAUGACCCUGUUACCUCAGCCCUACCGAACGGGGACGUCCCCGUAUUCGACGACUCGAUGGACGCCGAUGAGCGCGUCAUCACGGCUCUUGGAUACAAACAGGAAUUCAAGCGCGAGUUUUCACUAUGGACUACAUUCUGCGUUAGCUUUGCGGUGCUGGGACUGCUUCCGUCGUUUGCGAGCACUAUGUAUUAUGGUAUGGGAUAUGCAGGAACCGCAGGAAUGGUCUGGGGCUGGAUCAUUGCCAUGAUCUUCAUCCAAUGUGUUGCAAUGUCUAUGGCAGAGCUAUGUUCCGCUAUGCCCACCAGCGGAGGGUUGUACUAUGCCGCUGCAGUGCUUGCGCCUCCAGGCUACGGCCCUUUUGCGGCAUGGAUUACUGGGUGGUCCAACUGGAUCGGUCAGAUCACUGCAGCUCCAUCGGUGGACUACGCCUUAGCUGCAAUGAUUCUCGCUGCAGGGUCCAUCCAAAAUCCGGAUUACAUCCCUACACAAUGGCAGACCUAUCUUUUAACCGUAUUUAUCUUGAUAGUCCACACUGGUAUUAGCAGCAUGCCAACAAAAUGGGUAGCGGUUUUCAACUCUUGGGGUUCGACUUUCAAUAUGCUCGCACUGGUGGCUGUCAUUAUCGCCAUUCCUGCCGGGACCACUAACUCUCCCAAGUUCACACCAUCUAGGGAGGUUUGGGGGAACAUUACGAACAUGACCGACUAUCCUGACGGAGUAGCCGUGCUCAUGACAUUCGUUGCUGUUAUUUGGACCAUGUCUGGCUAUGACUCGCCCUUCCAUCUCAGUGAAGAGUGUUCCAACGCAAAUAUCGCCUCCCCACGGGCCAUUGUUAUCACCUCGGGCGUUGGCGGUCUCAUGGGAUGGUUCUUGCAGCUCGUCGUCGCCUACACCGUGGUAGACAUUGACGCAGUAUUGAACUCGGAUCUAGGACAGCCCUGGGCGUCGUACCUCUUCCAGGUGAUGUCCCGUAAGGGUGCGCUUGCCAUCCUCGCACUCACCAUCGUCUGUGGUUUCUCGAUGGGCCAAGGAUGUAUGGUGGCGGCAUCUCGAGUCACUUAUGCUUACGCUCGCGACGACUGCUUUCCCUUUUCGAAGCACUGGAAGCGCAUCAACAACACCACCCAAACCCCGGUAAAUGCUGUCAUACUGAACACCGUCCUUGGAAUUCUGAUGUGUCUCCUCUUAUUUGCCGGCGACGUCGCCAUCGGUGCUUUGUUCUCCAUUGGAGCUAUUGCGCAAUUCGUCGCCUUCAUAAUCCCUAUUGCAAUCCGCGUCUUCUUUGUCGGUGACCGGUUUCGCAAAGGACCAUGGCAUCUGGGUUCUUUCGGUCCCUGGAUAGGAGCCCUAGGAGUAGGCUUUGUCCUGCUGAUGGUGCCUAUCCUGUGCCUACCUGCUGACACAGGUUCGGACCUCACCCCAGAUCUGAUGAACUGGACCUGUCUGGUCUGGGGAGGACCUAUGAUUGCGGUGAGCAUUUGGUGGAUAUUUGAUGCACAUAAAUGGUUCAAGGGGCCAAAGGUUAACUUGGAACACGUUAUCCACGGAAAUAUAAUUGAUGGCAUAGAUGGUAGUCAGGAACAGACGACUGUGGUGCCAGGUGCAGGCGCACCUGCAGAUGUCUCGCAUAGGUCGUCUCCCAAGCUUUAGGUUACUAGUCUCCAUCAUAUUUUAGGGGCUCCUAGGCUUCAUUUAGUUUAUUUAUUGUCUAUUAA